CGCGGGCCCGUCGCGCAAGGCCGGCCGGCGCUGGCGUCGCGACGGGUGCGCGACGCGAGUUGCGCGCGUGCACGUGCCGCUUACGCAGUUCGUGGCUGCGCUGUCGCGAGGACGGACGAGGUAUUCUUGUAUCCGUUGUCGCUCCGAUCCCGCGAGGGCUUCGGUGACGAUUUCCGGCUCGAUUAACGUCGUAAGCGAGAGACGUCGUCGUUCGGUCGAGGGAGGAAGUGAGUAAGAAAGAAAGAGAGAGGAGCAGACUCCAGCCGAGCUCGCCGACGUACGUCGCAAGAUGUUCUCCGGCCUGACGAAUCAGGUGUCCAACUGGAUGGGCAAGAAGCCCGAGAACGGCAGCGAGGCGACACCCGACGUGCCCAAACCGACGUCCCCGGACGUCGAGACCGGCGGCGAUCUCGAGAAAAAGAACAACACCAGUCCGAAAGGCAAUAAAUUGGAGAUGUUCGCCGGGGUAAAGAAUCAAAUGUCCGGCUGGUUGAGUGGCGGUAUACCCGGGUUAAGCCGCGGCGCCGGGGCUGCCGAAGGUGAGGCCCCGCCUGCAGCCGAGACAGAGGAGAGCCAGCCCGAGGAAACCCAGGCUCCCGUCGGCGAGCACAUCAAGGAUGACGAUGCAAGCAGACAUGUUUGCAGUGCGACCGGCGGGGCGGACAGCGGUCCCGCGAGUUUAGAGGGCACCCCGACUGACGACAAGAACGGACAACAGGCUUUCGGCGCCGUUUCCACGAAGGCACUGGCUGGUGCGAAGAGUCUCGGCGGAUUCUUGUACAGCGCCGUGAACAAGGCCGGGAAGACCGUGGUGGAGGCCAGCGCGAAGAUCAAGAAGACCGUCGAAGAGAACAGGCUGAUCGCUGAACUCAACAAGGAACAGGAGGCUUUCAUCGCCAGCAAGCAGGCAGGCGAGAAGGUCGAGGCUGUUGCACCGUGGGUCGGCGCGCCGAAUGAGGACGCGUUACGCGAGGAGUGCCUGUCCCUCUCGACCGAUCGACGUAAUUUCGUGAGAGCACCACCGCCAGGCGUAGAAUUCGCUUGGGAUUUCGAGGCCGUUCAGCCAAUGGCACAGGCCACCCUUGCCCUGGAUCCGAAUCUUGAAGCUAUGAGGUUCGAGCUUGUCCCGAAAGUUAUAUCCGAGGAGAACUUCUGGCGCAACUACUUCUAUCGGGUGUCCUUGCUGCGUCAGGGUUACGAGCUGAACGCGAUGGCCAGCCAACAGCAAGCGGAAAGCAACCCCAAUCAAACGCUCGCCAGCACCGAUAGCAUCGAUCAUACUCAAGUUCAAAUGACCACUGGCCAGACAACCACCGCCGGCGCCACGACGGCGAGCAGUAACAGCGCGCUGGCCGAUUCGCCAGGUCACGAGUUCGUAUCCGAUACCAUGAGGGUCUCGGACACAGACCUCGAGGAGGUCCGAGAGGGGAUGAAAAAGCUGGGGAUGCAGCCGCCGAAAGAAGAAGAUUGGGAACGUGAAUUGGAAGCCGAGCUAAAGGAUUACGAGGUUGUAACGGGCAGCAAUAGCGGCGGCGGCAGCGGCCAGGAGAGGAGCGUCGCGACGGCCAAAGACAUCGCGGUCGGCGAUAAUGACUGGGAGAAGCAGAUCGACGAGCUGCUCGCCAACGAGGACGACGAGGACCUCAAGUGAACCGGGGAGAUCCUUUUCGUGACCGGAUAAAAGGGUCGCUCCCACGUUGAGAUCCCGCGCGAGAGCAGCGAGAUCGGCGUGCUGGUUUUCGCAUUGGAACUUUCUCUCUGAUACGGAGAAGCGAAUUUCUUUUGUACAUUAUCAGUCGCUCGUUGAUCUCCCGACCGGGGGGGCCGUGCAAGAACGAGAGAGACGAAGGGCGAAGCGAUCCUCGACGAGGCUCGCGAGUCGUCUCUCGAUCGCCGAUUUCAUUUCCCACCGAGGAGAUCGACUCGGCUGAUGGAUUCAGGCGCACCUUGCGCACGCGUUCAUUCUACGAUAUCGUAACGCUAUUGUUUUUUUGUUUUUUUUUUAAGGCGAACCUAGUUGUAUGCAUUUGACCCAAAGACAGCUUGUUCCAUUCGCAUGAUUUUAACGUGUAAGAAGAAGAACUCGAGUCUGGCGAGAGCGAUAAAUUUCCUUCGCCGAUCUCGACUUCGUUCUCCUUCCAUGACGUUGCGUGAGGAAUUCGCGCUUUUCAGGGAAUGGCAAUCUCGCCGUAUAUUGACACGUAGAAGCCCGAUCGCCGAUAGGAUUCCUUUCGCAUUCGGCUUCUUUUACAUGGAAAAGCGAGAAGCUCCCCGCGCGUUGUUAUCUUUUAUUUUGGUUCGUUUCGCGACUGUCUCCGCAUAAAGACAUCCCCAUCAAAUGAAAUACGCGAAGCCUCUCGUAGGGAGAACGUAGUCGCUGGCAUCUCGAAAGGGAGAUGGCCCCCUCGCACACACUUCGAUCCAUCUUCGCCGAUCUCCUGAGGGAGAGAAACGCGAGUGAAGACGACGUCGAGAUUCUUUGAGACUCGUCCUCGAGAAGCGCAUCGGGAUAAAAUGGAGGAGGCCAGGCGUAGGGAUGAAAACCGGAAACCGCACGAAAUAUUCUCGACACACGGGAAAUCACCGCUGUUAACGGCAAAAGUGGGGAUCGUACAAAGGGCAGAAGCGAAAGAGACAGAAACGAGAGUUCUCCCCCGUUCUUUCGUUUCUAUUUAAUUUCUCGGUAAGAAAAGCACCUUCUUUACGAUCCUCGAGCACGAUGAACACGGUGGCCGUUUUACAGCUUGCCGAUGGAGGAGAAAGACCCGCGCACUCGUACGAUUAUACUUUCGUCAAACGUAUACUCGUCCGAGAUGCGUGUGAAUCUUCACGCUUCCAUCUUCGUAUUUGCAGAGUAGCGCCCGGCUGCUGCAGCGCCAGAGAGAAAAAUGGAUGCUGGAGAGCUAAUAUGAAUUAAUUAACACCACAAGCUUAUGUCAAUUAUCGGGCGCUGUUGCCCGAGAGCAUAAUGUUGAUUAUAACGACAAAUGUCUUCAAAGUUGUGUGAUAUUAAAGUAAAAUUAAUUUGAGGCACAGUCGACGGGGGUUGCACGGGAGUGCGAUCGUUCGCACGCGAACGUUCUUCAUCGUGGUCGAAGGAUCGACGGUUUUUCAAGAUAAAUUACACUGCCGUGUGCCGAAGGACACCGUUUCGAGCGCGGGUCGACAAUUGCGGCGACCGGUGGCGCAACGGGUCGCAAAAUUAACGAUCCUCGGACACAAUUGGAAAAGAGUCAUUUCGCAAUUUUUGAACAUGUACAUUAGAAAGCCUCCCGGCUCGCGAGUAAAACGUUCUGAAGCACCACCAGAGACGCGAAUGCGUCGCCGAUCGCCGGUUCCUUCUUCGUAAACCGACGUAUUAUCGCAACGCCGCUUUUGUUGUCGAUUGCCAGCAGUUUAUUGCCGAUCGCGAGGCGACGCAGUCUACGAAAGCAUGUCAAAGGACCGCUUAAUGUCUGCAAUUUGACGCACUCGCCGUGACUUUGCGCGAGAUAUCCUACGAAAGCGGACAGGCACUAGAUUUUAGCGAUGUCUUUUGUUGUACGUUUCCGGCGAAAUCUGUAGAUAAGAUGCGAGAAUUGUCGUCGACGGCGACGGCGGCGGCGGCGACGACGACGACGAGGGGAGAGUGUGUCGUUCUUGAAUUCGUUCUUGUCGAUCAUGGAAGUGUUUCGUUAUGCGUUGUUUGUAUUGUGUCAAAGUGAAUUAUUCGCUGUAAGUAUGACAUGUUCGCGUUGUCUGUACGGAUGAAAUAUCGUAACAAUAAAUCAUUGCAUUGACAAAA